GAUGGCGUGCGCGGCUCCUUAGGCUUUUCUAUCGGUGCCUGGACGCCUUUCGCCACUAUGUAUGCAGAAGGGGAAGCUGCUGCGACCUGAAAUACUGUUUUCAGGUGUUUCAUAGGACUACGCAACAUAAUUGAAACAAACCCUGGAGUUUUUUUUUAUCUUCUUCUUUUUUAAAAUUUGCGUUGUUUUUCUGGAUUACUUCCAAAAUUGGGGGACCCUCAGUCCCCGCAGGGCAUCUGUUGGAUUGCGAUGCGUUUCUAGAUCUGCGUCUGCUGCGGCACCGAGCUGACGGACACCAGAGGGAUCCGAUCGGCAGUCUCGGUUGACGGGGGCAGGGCAGGAGCGGCAGAUGCAUUGGGAUCCGGGUGUAAGGAAAUCGUAUUUUAAGUGGGAUGUGCGCGGAGAAUGCUAAUGCGAGCGCCGGCACCGCAUUCCCACUGCUGCAGAGGGACCGGAGGAGGUGAUCGUGCCACUGACAUGCAUGUUUUUCAUGCACCGAUUCAUGCAACAUUUUGGUUUAAGUGAAAACCGCAACGCUGAAGAAUUUUACCUGCUCUGAUUACUGAAUAUUUCAGCAAACAGAUGCCUUUGACCAAGAGCAACUGAUAUGCUCUAAGCAUCAUUUUAUCUGUCUUUAAUUAAAAUAACUGUGGAAAAGAUGGGGAAUAGUUUUUCCAAUAUAUCUGCGUUUCAGUCCCUUCAUAUUGUCAUGCUGGGUCUGGACUCUGCCGGUAAGACUACAGUUCUUUACCGUCUGAAAUUCAACGAGUUUGUGAACACGGUGCCGACGAUCGGCUUCAACACGGAGAAAAUCAAGCUGAGCAACGGCACCGCCAAGGGGAUCAGCUGUCACUUCUGGGACGUGGGGGGGCAGGAGAAGCUGAGACCUUUGUGGAAGUCCUACAGCCGCUGCACGGACGGCAUCAUCUACGUGGUGGACUCGGUGGACGUGGACCGCCUGGAGGAGGCCAAAACCGAGCUGCACAAAGUCACCAAAUUCGCGGAGAACCAGGGGACCCCUCUGCUGGUGAUCGCCAACAAGCAGGACCUGCCCAGAUCCCUGCCGGUAGCCGAUAUCGAGAAGCAGCUGGCUCUUCAUGAGCUCACCCCGGCCACCACCUACCACGUCCAGCCGGCCUGUGCCAUCAUCGGCGAAGGACUCCACGAGGGCAUGGACAAGCUAUACGAGAUGAUUGUCAAACGCAGAAAGUCGUUGAAGCAGAAGAAAAAGCGAUAACGGCAGAUUUUUUUUUUUUUUUACAUUUUAUUUUUAUUUUCAGUUUUUGUAUUAUUCUUCCUUUUAACACAAGUACUGUAAUCCAGCGCUGUCCGAGUAUGCCACUGAUGCACCCUAAAUAAAUCUUUACUUUGCAGUGA